AUGGAGAUAUCUUCCAUUGUGAUUUUGCUAACCCUCCCGGAACUCGUUUAUUCGCUGGGUUUGCCGAAUCAGCACCAAGUGGCAUGUGAACACUCGCUCAACAACGCAAUUCACCUGAGGUGUCCGUGUGGGAAAGUCUUGUACGUACAAGCUGCAAAUUACGGACGUCUGGACAGGAAAACAUGUGGUUACCAUGACAAUGAACAAUGCCGGGCAACACGGGCUGUAGAUAUUGUCAGAAACCAUUGUAACGGAAAACCAAAAUGUGACGUCAGAGCUCAUAACGGAGUCUUCGGAGACCCCUGCCGAGGCGUUCCAAAGUAUCUGGAAGUAGUUUACGACUGUGUGAGUCCAGGCAUGAGGUCGGCGAUUGUGUGCGAGAAUCAAAAAUCCAAUAUCCGCUGCCUACCAGGUCAUAAACUGACACUGUUAGGUGUUGACUAUGGUCGUCAUGAUGAAAUCACCUGUCCUAGUCCAGCCAUGCACAAUUUGACAUGCCAUAGCAAUGUAGCCAUGAAGAAAUUACUCCAUUGUAAUGGAAAAGAAUCUUGCAAUCUGGUUGCGAAAAAUUCUGUGUUCGGAAACCCUUGUAUGGGUACCUACAAAUACAUGGAAGUCAGAUACAGAUGUGAAAAAACAAAGAUCAUUGUGUGUGAGAGCCACAAUUCUAAAUACCAUGAGUGUGAGUUUGGAGGAGAUUUCGAUACAAUCACACUUAUACAACAGAAGUCACAGGCAAACUGCAUACACGGUCUGAGAUUUGGCAUCAACGGUAACAGUGUAUGGGUAGACCAAGCUUGCUAUGGAACGUUCCGUCUCUCUAAGACGGUGUGUGACAACGACUGA